AUGACCGAUCUCGUUGUGUCCGAAUAUACUCCGCAGGAGGUUCCUCUACCUCCAGCUCCGAAUGUUUCCUUCUUUUCGGAGGCUCAAUGGACGACGCUAUUUGCGCUGGCAGAUGCUAUAGUUCCGUCUAUUCGAACGGCUGCCACCGUCCAAUCAUCAACGGAUAGGGUUAUUUCGACUGCCGAAUGGGACUCGGCCGUGAGCAAGCUAUCGUCAAUGAUCCCCGGCCCCGAUGCUGCAAAGCUCGCGGCUGUCUAUUUGGAGGAAGAUGCUUCGUCGAAUCCCAUCUUCCGGGCAUCCGUGGAACGCAUCUUGGGUCACUACGUGCAUGAGGAAGGAAAGAGUGGGUUUGGAUUGAUCAUGAAUGCACUCAACACUCGAGCAGGUUCAUUAAUUCUCACCGGAUCCACGACACCAAUCCAUCAACAGCCGGUGGCCUUUCGGGAAAAGGUCUUCCGAGGAUGGGACACUUCUCGACUGCCUCCUCUCCGCGCAGUCUAUCGCGGUCUAACUGCAAUCGUCAAAAAGUCUUGGGUAAUGUCAAGCCCGACGAUGAACCAGGUUCUCGGAUUUCCUCGCGUUCCAGUCCAUGGAAAGCCGACAGAGGGUUUCCCCUACGAGUUCCUGCAGUUCCCCGCUGGCGACCAACCCGAGACGAUUGAAACCGACGUGGUUAUUGUUGGAAGUGGCUGUGGUGGUGCCGUAACUGCGAAGAAUUUGGCCGAGGCCGGUCUUCGAGUGCUCGUGGUUGAAAAGUCAUACUCCUACUCCAGCAAGUCAUUCCCCAUGAAGCCGAAUGAGGCAUACGUCAACAUGUAUGAAAAUGCGGGAGCUACUAUGAGCGAGGAUGGGACCAUGGCAGUCCUGGCAGGUUCUACUUGGGGAGGUGGUGGCACGAUCAACUGGUCUGCUGCUCUCCAAACCCAGGCAUAUGUUCGUCAAGAGUGGGCUGAUACCGGACUGCCCUUCUUUACGUCACUUGAAUUCCAGAGAAGUUUGGACCGCGUCUGUGACCGCAUGGGAGUCAACACCGAACACGUCGAGCACAACCGCCAGAACAACGUUAUCCUAGAAGGCGCUCGCAAGCUUGGGUAUGCGGCCAAGGCAGUACCACAGAACACCGGUAAUAAAGAGCACUACUGCGGUUACUGCACACUGGGUUGCCAUUCGGCUGGCAAGAAGGGCCCCACGGAGUCUUUCCUGGCUGAUGCAGCCAAGGCUGGAGCAGUCUUUAUUGAAGGAUUCAAGGCGGACAAGGUCAACUUUGACAAGAAGAGUCCAAAUGGCAAGCGGGUUGCGAUUGGCGUGGAAGGUACCUGGACCUCGCGUGACUCGUAUCUCGGUGUCAGUGGUGAUGGAGCCGUGACACGCAAGUUGAUUAUCAAGGCGAAGAAGGUGGUUGUCUCGUCGGGUACCUUGCAGAGCCCUCUUUUGCUGCUGCGGAGUGGCAUCAAGAAUUCACAGGUUGGAAAGAAUUUGCAUUUGCACCCAGUCAUGGGUGCUGGUGCGAUCUUUGACGACUCAGUUCGUCCAUGGGAAGGCGGCGCGUUGACCACCGUUGUCAACGAGUUCGAGGACCUGGAUGGACAUGGUCACGGUGUAAAGAUUGAAGCCGUGGCGAUGAUGCCAUCCGUAUAUAUUCCGGUCUUCCCCUGGAGGGACGGACUCGACUAUAAGAUGUGGGCAGCUAGCAUGAGCCGUAGCACUAGCUUCAUUACUCUGACCAAGGAUCGCGAUGGUGGACGGGUCUUCCCCGACCCCGUUGACGGUCGACCCCGAAUUGACUAUACGGUUUCUCCAUUUGAUCGCCGCCAUAUUGUGGAAGGCAUCAUUGCCGCCGCGAAGAUUGCAUACAUCUCUGGCGCCAAGGAGUUCCAUACCACCCACCGUGACAUCCCGCCUUUCGUCCGCCCUGAUGCGUCGAACCCCGAUUCUCCAGAGGGGACCAACGAUGCUGCUCUGCAGAAUUGGAUCGCCGAGCUGCGUCGCAAGUCCCCCUUGAACCCCGAACGGGGUCUGUUCGCCAGUGCGCAUCAAAUGGGAACGUGCCGUAUGGGCAAGACUCCUAAGACUAGUGUGGUGGAUCCCGACUGUCAAGUUUGGGGUACCGAUGGCCUGUAUGUUGUGGACGCUUCAGUCUUCCCCAGUGCUAGCGGUGUCAACCCAAUGGUCACCAACAUGGCCAUUGCCGAUUGGGCCAGCCGGAAUGUCGCUCGGGCAUUGGGAAAGCCUCGCAGUGAGCGGAAAGGCAUGUCUCGCCUGUGA